AUGGACAAUUUAAACAAAGAAAUGAAACACUUUAAGUCUGAGAUAAAGAAAGAACUUCGGGAUGAUUUGAAAGAGAUUAAUUCUACAAUGGCAAAAAUAUCAACAGAUUUGCCCAAUAUGAAAGAUAAAAUGGAAAAUUUGGAAUUAACGCAAAUGGACACUCAGGAGGAAAUAGAAGAAAUUAAGGUGAGACAAAACUAUUAUGAAGAAGAACAGUUAAUUCGGGAUGCUAAAGCUAGAGAAAAAUGGAUAUAUGCCCCCAAUGAUAAAAAGGAUAAAUUUUACUCUAAACUCUUAAAUAAAAUUAAAAAUAUCUCCUUUGAUAAUGUCAUCGCUUUAGGUGACUGGAACGGGGUAGUGGACCCGUCGAUUGACAGACUUUCUGAAAAAAAAAUUAAGACCUCUCAAGAGCUGGUAUUUGUGGAGUGUAAAUUGGGUGCAGAUCUUCUGAAUGAUGCUGUUCAUAAAAUCACUGGUUUACAGACAAUAUCCAUGCAUGCUGAUAAAUCACAGAUAGAAAGAACUACAAUAUUACAGGGAUUAUUCCAAGAGAAGUAUGAAGUUGUAGUAAGCACUGGAGUUCUUGGACGUGGACUUGACCUUGUCAACGUUAAGCUGGUGGUAAAUUUUGACAUGCCAUCUAGUAUGGAUGAAUAUGUACACCAGGUUGGAAGAGCAGGUCGGCUUGGUCACAAUGGAACGGCAAUUACCUUCAUUAAUAACAACAGCAAGAAACUGUUCUGGGAUGUUGUGAAGCGAGUGAAACCUACUGGCACUAUUCUCCCACCCCAGUUAUUAAACUCCCCAUAUCUACAUGACCAAAAAAGAAGAGAACAGCAGAGAAAUAAACAGUCUCAGAAGGGACUUGUAACUGGUGACAACCUUAUGGACAUUAUCAGAAAACAUGACAAGAGCACUUUUCAGAAAUAAGGAGCUAUGUUGUAUUUGUAAAUAUAA